GUCGUCCACACGGUCCAGCCUCCUCAAGACGGUGACAGGGGUGGGAUAGUCUGCGUCACCUGCGUCCAACUUCGACAGGAGUUGCCACUACGAUAACAGGCAGCCAUGAGUUUCAUGAGAAAGCAGCCGACGGUCAAAGAGCAAGUCCGGACAACCAAUCGCGAAGUGCGAGGGAUACAGCGCGACCUAGGCAGGGAUAGGACGGCUCUUGAACGGCAGGAGCGGCAGCUGAUUGCCGAUGUCAAGAAAUGCGCGAAGCAAGGGCGCACGGCGGAAGCGAAGAUGCUGGCGAAGCAGGUACAUCAACUGCGGCAGCAAAUGGACAAGAACACGAAAGUGAAGUGUCAGGUUGGAGGGUUGAAUGUGCGGGCGGCGGCAAUGGCAUCUGGUGUAGCGAACGCCAAAGCGAUGGCAGGCGCCACCCGAAUAAUGGCGGCUUCAAAUAAAAUGAACGACAUGCAAGCAUUGCAAUCGACGCUGAGCGAAUUUGAGCGGCAAAACCUGGCUAUGGACAUGAAGGAUGAGAUGAUAAGCGACGUACUGGAUGGCCUCAUGGAUGAAUCUGAUGACGAACAAGAGUCUGCGGACGUCUUGAACGCCGUGCUUGACGAAAUUGGAUUGGAUCUGACAACAAAUGCUGCCCAAGUACCACGCACAAAAUUAUCAUCCGGACAAAGCACACCCGCCGCUUCCGUCGGUGAUCGCGAUACGGAUCCUUUGAUGAAGCGAUUGGCGGAUUUACGUGCCCAGUGAUGGGAACACACAGAGAUCC